AGAAGAAAGCUAGCCACAUAUUGUUUCUGAUAAUAAUUGAGGAGAAAUAGCCAUUGUUACUUAUACAUUGUUUUUUUUGCUGAACCUAACUAAGAUUCUAUCAAAUUCUUGACCGAAAUUCUCAGGAAAAAAUAUACACUUGCUUUUCCUUCAACUGAGAUUGAUCAUGGCGGCCUAUGCAGCCUUGGUUUCUGUUAUGCAUAUCAUGGAUACAAUCGAGCAUCACCAUUCCCCUCCAAUUUCUAUCGACAAACAACAAGUUGAAUCUCUCACUCAAAUUCUUACCUUUUUGCAGGAAUUUCUUCAAGGUUAUAAGUCCCCUGUUGCUGACGGAGACGAAGCUGAUCCGCUAGAGAUGCAUAUUGUAGAUGCAGCUUAUGCGGUUGAAGAUGUUAUCGAAUCAUAUAUUGUGAACGUGAUUGAACUGGGUAGAUCUAGUCCCAAUGAAGAAUUUCUCCAAGGCUAUAACACCCUCUACAACGAUGAAACAGAUUCUUUGGAGACGCUUAUCGCAGAUUUAGCUGAAGAUGCUGUCGAAUCUCAUAUUUGGGUCAAGGUUCGGUUGAGCAUAUCCAAACUAGCCAAAAUCUGCUGCUUCUUCAACUGCUUUGGAGAUGCAGCUCAUGCGGUUGAAGAAGUGAAUUCUAGAGAGGAGGUCAGUUGCAUCAACUUCUAUCAAGAUCUACAGCAAGUGAUAGAAGAAAUGAAUGUGAUCAAGAAGGAAGCCAUGGAGAUUGCAGCCGAAGCUCAGCUGCAGAGAAAGGUCUCCUUGACUCAUGCUGGCUCCUUGACAUCCUCUUCCAAUGUGAAGGAAAGCAAGAUGGUGGGCUUUGAUGACGUGCAACUUCAACUCUUGGAUAAGCUCACUGGAGGGAACCGUAACCGCCAAAUCAUCCCAAUCACAGGGAUGGGCGGGAUUGGUAAGACCACUCUUGCCCGACAUAUAUUUGAGCAUGCCCUUGUUAAGGAGUAUUUUGAUAUUCGUGCAUGGACUACAAUUUCUCAAACUUAUACUGUUAGAGAAACACUUAGUCAAGUUCUUCACCAAGUAACUGGAAAUUUGGGUAGCGAUCUGAGUGACGAGAACGAAUUGGGAGAAAAAUUGUACAAGUAUUUAUGCGGUAGGAGGUAUAUUAUAAUACUAGAUGAUAUGUGGAGGGUAGAGGUGUGGGACAAGAUCAGGUUUUUCUUUCCCGAUUACAAUGAUGGGAGUCGAGUAAUCGUAACGACUAGGCUAUCAAACUUGGCUGCCGAGUUGACAGACUCUAACAGCAUUGGUCUGAAAUUUUUAGAUGAUGUUUGUAGCUGGAGUUUGUUCUCCAAAACUGUAUUUGGGGAUGAGGGUUUUCCUCUUCAUCUCGAGGAAAUCGGAAAAAAAAUUGUUGGGAAGUGUAAGGGACUUCCUUUGUCGAUUGCUGUGAUUGGGGGUCUUUUGGCAAAGUCCGAACUUACACUGGAAUAUUGGGAGCACAUAGAGGAAAACUUAACCUCAAUAUUGAAUUUUGAGAAUGAUGAAUAUUGCUUGAGAAUAUUGAAACUAAGCUAUGACCAUUUGCCUGCCUAUCUGAAGCCUUGUUUUUUGUACAUGGGAGUGUUUGAGGAAGAUGAGGAAAUUAGGGUUGUAGAACUCAUGAGAUUAUGGAUUUGUGAAGGCUUUCUUAAACCAAUAAUCAAUAAAAGCUCGAAAACAAUUGCCAAUGAGUAUCUGAAGGAGCUAGUCGAUAGAAACCUCAUUCUAGUUCAUGAGUUGGGGAAACUUGGGAAUAUUAAGUUCUGCAAAAUGCAUGAUUUACUGAGAGAUCUAUGUUUGAAAGAAGCUGAAAAGCAGAGGUUUUAUUAUGUCUUAGGGCAACAUUAUCCUCGAGGAUAAAUAGCCAACGCCGCAUUGUUAUUCCCAGAAGCACUUCAGCUAUGACAGUAAGGGAUGCCAUGGAAACUAUGUCAUCACGUGCUCGUUCUUUCAUAUGUCAUGGUGAAAUUGAGGUUCCAGAAUUGCUAGAUUUCAGAUUUUUGAGGACAUUGAGUACAUAUAAGUAUUUCGGAGGGUAUUUAGAUGAAAAUGUGGUGAACUUGAGGUACCUUUCGGGUGAAUUUCGUGAGGGGUUCCAAAUUUCUUCUUCAAUUAGUCUGCUCUGGAAUCUACACAUACUAAUUGUUUUUGGUUGUGGUGUAUCUACUGCACCAGUAGAAAUUUGGAAAAUGCAUCAGCUUAAGCAUGCCAAGUUCGUACGUGGAGUAAUGUAUCUCCCAGAUCCUCCGAGCGGGCAUAGUGAUGUUAUGAUGGAGAAUCUAGAGACGCUCAAAGGAGUGCUUGAUUUCAACUUGAAUGAAGAAGUGGUUAAGAGAAUUCCCAAUAUCAAGAAACUGUCUAUAACAUACAAGGACAGAGUGAAGUGCCUCAGCUAUCUUCAAUGUCUGAGUAAGCUGGAAAGCUUGAGGUGCAUUAUUCAAUAUGGAAGUGAUGAUGAGUAUCUGCAGAGUAUUAGCUUCCCGCACUCACUCAAGAAGCUGUAUCUUUAUUGCGAAGAUAGCUUCCCGCAUUUGGAGGAAAUUCUGGAAAAGAUAGGUUCAUUACCACUUCUUGAGAAGCUCGAAUUGAGAUAUGGGCAGUUUGCAACACGCAGUUGGGAAAUAGUUGAAGGCCAAUUCCCCAGCCUCAAAUACUUGAGUUUGUGGCAUUGUGUGGAUAUGGAAUUUUGGACGUUAGAGGGCUUCUGUUUGCCACGCCUUGAGCAACUUCACCUCGGAUGGGUGGAGUCGUUGGAGGAGUUCCCUUCAGAAAUUGGAGAAAUACCAACACUCAAAUCAAUUGAAUUGUGGUUUUGCAGUGAAUCAAUGGCUGUGUCUUUGAAAAAGAUAGUCGAGGAACAAGAGGAAUUACAAGGGGACCCAUCCUUUCAUGUUCUAGUUAGGUCAUCCAACGUCAGCCAAGAACUGCAGAGCUUGGCAACUCCCAACUUUCGUGUAGAUAAAUGGUAGUUUGAUGUGAUGAGGAAUUGAAUUGUGGGAAUACUAGUUUGAGUGAUUAAUUUUCAAUCUCUCUCUCUUCCUUCUUCUAA